AUGUUUGUGAUAUCCCCAAAUGUGAUGCUAGAUGAUGAAACUUAUACAAUCAUUGGUGAGUUAAAUGAAAUAGAUGGUGAUUGUUUAACAUUGAAGGUUAAUAACAAUUUAUUUAAAGUUAAAUAUAAAGAUUUAGAAGAAUAUAAAAGCAAGUAUGUGCUUGUUGAAGGUAUUUAUAGAGGAGGUGUUUUAAAUGAAGAAUUGGUUUAUAAACUUGAAGAUGACUUUAAUUUUAAUAAUUUUUUGAAAUUAGCUUCUUUAACAGAAAAACAAAGGGAAAUUUUUUAA